UUCAUUCUGAUUGGCUGCUCUCGCGCUCUGUGCUGAUGUGGUGUUCUGAAGUUAGCAAAACUGAACUGAUUCAGACUGAUUCUUUGGUUUAAUAGUGACUUUGUUUGGUUCAAAGAAACAAACAAACAUGCCGUACUAUCAGACUUGGGAGGAGUUCGCCCGUGCGGCAGAGAAACUGUAUCUGACAGACCCCAUGAAGGUCCGCGUGGUCCUCAAGUACAGACACUGCGACGGCAACCUUUGCGUCAAAGUGACCGACAAUGCCGCGUGUUUACAGUACAAGACAGACCAGGCCCAGGACGUGAAGAAGAUCGAGAAGCUCCACGGGAAACUGAUGAGGCUCAUGGUAUCCAAGGAGACGCACAGCGGGUCCAUGGAGAUGGACUAAAAUGCUCUACGGGCACUGGCCUUCUAAAUCAUACAGACUGAGUUCAGUGGACACAUUAGUUGUUGAGAGCACAGUACCAUCUGAGUGCACCGUGGAGCCCGAGAGAUGGGAUUGUGGUGAGAUUGAUUUGGCUGCCUACACUGAUUUUAAUACCGUUGGGGACGUGUCAUGUAUACUGUAUGUAUUUUACUCUCAGGACUUUUUUUGAUACUUUUUUCAUAAAAAAAUCCAGUGAUCUUGCCUUUUUACUCAUCGGGUAUUGUGAUCUCAUCCCUGAUGGUAUUACUGUAACAUAUGGUCAGUGUAGGUUGCUGGGAAAGGUUUGGAAAUGUAGAGGGAGAAAAGGUGAGGGCUGGGGUAAUGUAAGUGUGUAAGUGUCCACAAUUGACAAAUCCUCUGCUGCAGUGAGCAGCUUUGGCAUCUUGAUUUCAAUUUUUUUUCCACAGGAGCUUGUGUUUAAUUUCAGUUUAAAAAAGGAUGGGCAAUGAAGACAUUGCAUGUAUUUUCUUUGUUUCUAUUUACAUCUAAGUAGCUAUGUUGGAUUACAUUUCAGCACAGCCAUUGUUUUCUUUUAGUCUUUUUCAUCAUGGACUUGUGCCACAUGAAUGAAGCAGGUCCAUCUGAUUUCCUAACGUCAGUGUGGAGGACCUACGCACACACACACCUCCAAAUGCCAUUUUAUUUUCUGAGAAUCAUUACGUUACAUUCAAUAAAUGUUUAUUUACCCCAGUACA